CAUUUCUCAUUUCUUACUUCUACUCUAAAUUAGAUAGCAAGACGUGGUGUCGGAGCUCACAGAUCGCAUAGAAUUAGUUUUAAGUACUAGCGGUAGUUAAACAAUAAAUCUGAAAUUCAACAUGGAGUCCCCUCCAGAUCCAGCGAGCGACCCGGGCAACAGCGCCUCGGAGCCGGCUACCCCGGUCAGGGAAACCCCGGUAAACCUGGAGACGCUCCGGAAAGCGGACCAUCCAGCCCCGGUUCGAAGGCAGACCUGUUCAAGCACCAACAGAGGUAUCUCAGUAACAAAGAAGACACAUACUUCUCAAAUCGAAAUAAUUCCCUGCAAGAUCUGUGGAGACAAAUCAUCAGGCAUCCAUUACGGCGUGAUAACAUGUGAAGGCUGUAAGGGCUUUUUCAGGAGGAGUCAGCAGAGCAAUGCAGCUUACUCCUGUCCCCGUCAGAAGAACUGCUUGAUCGACCGCACCAGCCGCAACCGCUGCCAGCACUGCCGGCUGCAGAAGUGCCUGGCAGUGGGCAUGUCACGAGAUGCAGUGAAGUUUGGUCGCAUGUCAAAGAAGCAGCGAGACAGCCUAUACGCUGAGGUCCAGAAGCACCGGCUGCAGCAGCAGCAACGUGACCACCAACAACAGCCUGGGGAGGCAGAGCCACUCACACCUAGCUAUGGCCUCUCUGCCAAUGGCCUCACUGAGCUUCAUGAUGACCUCAGCGGCUACAUGGAUGGUCAUACUCCUGAUGGCAGCAAACCAGACUCGGCUGUCAGCAGCUUCUACCUGGACAUUCAGCCAUCUCCCGACCAGUCAGGCCUGGACAUCAACGGCAUCAAGCCGGAGCCCAUCUGCGACUUUGCCCCCGGCUCUGGCUUCUUCCCUUACUGCUCCUUCACCAACGGAGAAACCUCCCCCACCGUGUCCAUGGCUGAACUAGAACACCUGGCCCAGAACAUUUCUAAGUCACACAUGGAGACAUGUCAGUAUCUGAGAGAGGAGCUGCAGCAGAUGACCUGGCAGGCUUUCCUGCAAGAGGAGGUGGAGAGCUACCAGAACAAGCCCCGGGAAGUCAUGUGGCAGCUGUGUGCUAUCAAAAUAACAGAGGCCAUUCAGUAUGUGGUGGAGUUUGCCAAGCGCAUCGAUGGCUUCAUGGAGCUGUGUCAGAACGAUCAGAUAGUGCUGCUGAAAGCAGGCUCUUUGGAAGUUGUGUUUGUCAGAAUGUGCCGUGCCUUUGACUCACAAAACAACACAGUGUAUUUUGAUGGAAAAUAUGCUGGACCUGAUGUGUUCAAGUCAUUAGGCUGUGACGACUUGAUCAGCUCCGUCUUCGAGUUUGGGAAAAACUUGUGUUCUAUGCACCUGUCUGAGGAUGAGAUCGCCCUGUUCUCCGCCUUUGUGUUGAUGUCUGCUGACCGGUCCUGGCUGCAGGAGAAGGUGAAGGUGGAAAAACUCCAGCAAAAGAUCCAACUGGCCCUCCAGCAUGUCCUGCAGAAGAACCACAGAGAGGAUGGUAUACUUACAAAGUUGAUAUGCAAAGUGUCGACACUGCGGGCGCUGUGCAGUAGGCAUACAGAGAAGCUUACAGCUUUCAAAGCAAUAUACCCAGACAUUGUGCGUGCCCACUUCCCCCCCUUAUACAAGGAGCUGUUUGGAUCAGACUUUGAGCAGUCCAUGCCCGUUGACGGGUAGCAACCCUGCCAGGUGCCAGUGUGCCCACCGUAGGGGAAUGUGGAGGAGGAAUCUGAGACACUUUACUGGUGCCCUGCACAAACCGGAGCGGACAGAUGGCACGCUGUUCAACUUCUUCUUUUACAUUGGAGGGGAGGGCUUAGGGAGUUGAUUGUCAAGGUUUACCAUACUGAAUCUAGUUCUCUUUGUAAGAAAUGUGGGACCCGACACCCCACGGGACAUGAAGAGAAGAUAGGAACAAAUAAUUUCUGUUUGGUUGAACUUGACCCUAUUAUGCGCUUUUCUAACCUGAUUCUCUUCAUUCAUUCAUUUUUCACUUGAUUAACUGCAUCACCCUGAUCUUUUUUGGUCUGCACAUCUGGCUUAUAAUCAUUAUGAACAAUUAAUGAGACACUUUUGGAAAGAGAAAAAAAAAAAGAACCGCAGAAGACCUCUUCAGUUAGGGCAUGACCACAUCAGUAUUAUUUUCCAGAUUACACUCCUGUAACAGUUCUAGUUUUUUUUCAUAGUCAAACCUGUCACUUUUUACGCAGUAUGUCCUCAAACUGGAAAAAAAAAAAAAGGAAACAAAAACAACACCUGAUAAACGCGCACACUUUGGUCAAGUUCAGCCACUUUUCUCUUGUGCUCAGCCGUAUUGUUUGGACACAGUGCUUGGAAUGAAAACUCACAGCGACUUCGAGGGAGGUUCCGUUGGCAUGGUGUUGCAAUCGGCACCUCUCUGUGGACAAUCGUUUAAAAGAAAAAAAAAAAAGAAACCUAGAAUUCUGGUAAUUCUAAUACGCAAUGAUUUAAGUUGUCAAAGACUCCAUCCACCAUUGUUGCAUAGUGAAAACAUGUAAGGCCAUCUGCUAUUAAUCCUUCUCUGGACAGGUGCCCUGGAGAAGCACAGGGCGCCAACACAAUGAAAAGGGUCCAUUCCACCUGUUUUAUAAUGUAAUACAGGGUAUAUGGUCAUAAGUACUUACUAUACAGAAAAAAAGUAAUGUUUAUAGAAUCUAUUUUAAAUAACAUGUAUGAUAUUAGUAGUUAGACCAUUCUUAAUUGUUGAAUUGAUAAGGCACUUUUAUUUACACCGUUCUUUAAUUUAAGACUUGUAUAUUUACCUAGUGAUGUGUUGCAUGUGCACAAGAAAUACAAGUUGAAUCAUGGAUACAGAGGUUAGUCCUGGGAGCUGCAGAGGAUACUGGUCUGGAAGUAUACGGGAUGUGUGUUAGGAUGGCUGGCGUGGCUGCCGGUUGGCGAACAAAAGAGGCGCGGAUGAGAAGGCAGGUUAAAGACACUCACAUCACCUGUUUUCUCAACAACCGCUAGUGGGACACCUGUCAAAAUGUAGCUGUGAUACUCCUCUAAGGGAGCAUGCACAAACGCACACACACACACACACACACAAAAAAAAACAACCAAAAGAAGGGAAAAAAAAAAACUUGCUGUGAUGUUUUGUUUUUGUUGUGAACAGAUCUGGAUUUCAUGGCAUUUGUUUCAAGUUUUUCAAAACACAAGAAAACUGAGGUAUGCUCCGGUGACAGAUUUGCGAGACAUUUACAUUCAAAUUUUUGUUAUUAUUUACUAUAUAUUUGUACUGUACAAUUUACGUAAAGAAGGCUGCAAAGCAACCCAAAUAGCCAUGCUGGGGAACUCACACGCAGUCUGUAAUCCAAUUGUUCCAUCUAGUGGAAGAUAAAGAUACAGCAAGCAAGUUAACGGCCUAAUAACAAGAAACCCGGGUUCUAACUUAAAAGCACAUUAACAAGCCUCGGACAAACCACCGUCAGUGGCUUUAUCUGCCUUCUCACCGCAGCCUCAGCCCAGCGACGCCACAACAGGACACAGAAGAAACAGUGAAGGGAAAGUGAAUAUUCAAAGCCUUGUCUGGUUGUAAAGCUUCUAUUUUUGUAACUUGUUUUGGUUAAUAAACUCAUGAAAGAGAACGAGGGAGAGAAAAAGAUGUCAGGUAGCACUUAACUAUAUUCCUGCAAUAAUUAGACUAGCCGUUGUUUGUAUGAUUAGGGGAGAAGCAUAAAAAUGGUAGGACAAGUGCUAUUUUCAGAAUGCUUUGUUGUUGUGCUUCUGUUUUUGUUGAGUGUGUCUUUCUUGUCAGUGUGGUAGUAAAGUGGUAGGAAAAAAAAAAACAAAAAACCCUGGAUGUGCCAAACAAUAGUCGUUGCUUCCGCUUUCCAGUCUACUCGUCUAUAAUGUAGAAUGGAUUCCUAAGACAUUCCAGCAAUCUCAGUAGCGGCUUCGAAAAAAAAAUCUUUUUAAAAAUAAAAGAACAAAAAAAAAAAAG